AUGAAGAAGACCAGGCGCGAGAGAAGAAAGAGUGUCUUUUCUCCCUCCGGCUGGCUCCGUAAUUCCUAAUAAAGCUAAAGCUAGGGUUUAAGACCAUCAGAAAGCUCCUGCGCGGGGAGAGGAAGAGGGAGAGGGGCAGAGAGCUUCCGCUCUGCAUAAUCGAUAGUAAGAAUGGCGGACGAUGAAUACAACGAGGUGGACAUGGGCUACGAGGAUGAGCCUCCAGAGCCCGAGAUUGAGGAAGGGGCCGAGGAUGAAGUGGAUGCCAAUAACAACAAUGAUGAUGUUCCGGACCCUCUUCUUGAUGCUGAAGAAAAAGAAGAACAGGGGCCAGUCAAAAGAGAAAGGAAGACGUCCAAGUACAUGACUAAGUACGAGCGGGCAAGGAUUCUGGGUACCCGAGCUCUGCAGAUCAGCAUGAAUGCCCCAGUGAUGGUUGAGCUGGAAGGCGAGACAGACCCGCUCGAGAUAGCAAUGAAGGAGUUGAGGGAGCGGAAGAUUCCUUUCACCAUUCGCCGGUACCUGCCAGAUGGAAGCUUUGAGGACUGGGGAGUCGAUGAAUUGAUUGUGGAGGACUCCUGGAAGAGGCAGGUGGGCGGAGAUUGAUUGAUGACUCUCUCCUCUUGGACGAUUCAGUUGGAAGGUUGAUUCUGGAGAAUCUUUUGAUGAAGAUUUAUAGUCUCUGGACGAAUCUGCCGAAUGCCUGGAUCAAGAACCAUACACUAUUAAGCGCCCUCUUAAGUUUCCUCUCCUGUAUGUGCCUUUCUAUCUGUUGAUAACUAAACUACAUGUUUUGCUGUCUAUGAAUCGAAACCAGAGUUAGUAGCUACUCUGAUGGUUGAAUUUUACUGGUGAUUAAUCUGAUCUGGUAAUGUCUCUCUAAAACUGAUCUAUAUUAGUAUCUUUCCCUUUCGAA